AUGUCAAUCGACGCGCCAGCAUAUAUCGUGUCGCUGCAGAACAACAUUCGCGCGCGGCCGAUCUCGUGGGAGGGAGCAGUUCGAGCGAAGACGAUCACAGAUGAAGAUCUCAAGAAGAUCAAGGCGAUAGACAAAGUGCGAAAAGAGCAGCGGAAGCAGACCAUCGAGGACGAUGUCCACACAUAUACCACACUGCUGCUUGGCGACAAUGGGCAAGCACGGAGCAUAUUCGAGAGCGCCGCGAAACGGACAGAUAUCCUGCAGUACAUGCUUGUCCUGACUGGCGACCUAAUCGAUGACAUUCCCGCGUUGACCGAAUCGCUGAUCAAGCACACUCAGCCAUUCAAGCCUCUACUACCCUUGCUCAAGCAGUCGAACAACCCGGAGGACCCCAUUCCACUACUCACUUCUUCCGUGCUAUCCUCGCUUUUUUCGCAUGCGCUGAUCGCUCAGUCCAAAUCAACGCCUGAGAUUGACGAAGCUCUACCCAAGCUCUACUCGUACAUUGCCGAACUUGCCAAGACAUCCGACUCGAAUCUACAAGACAUUGCAGUGCAAGAAUACAGCGCCCUGCUACGAACAAGCAAAUCAAGACAGCAGUUCUGGAAACAGCGAAAAGAGACGCUUGGUCCGCUGAUGGACGUGUUGAGAAACGCGACGGGCGGCAAGGAUAGCGACAGCACCCAAUACAACGGAGCCUCUAGCGCUUCCAGCAUACGGACCUUGAACGAGGCCAACAUCAAGAUAUCCGGAGUUGGUUUGCAACUGCUGUACCAUAUCCUGAUGGUGCUCUGGCAGCUUUCAUUCGAGGGCCAACUGGUGGGCAAAGGUUUGGACGAGGAGCACGAUAUAGUUCCACUUUACACCCAAUUACUGCGAGUUUCGCCAAAGGAAAAGACGACACGCUUGAUGCUCGGCACUCUGAACAACCUCCUAUCCUACAACCGAUCGACACUCAUGCCUGCAGCCCUCCCCGCGAAACUGCCUACAAUCCUCGCCAACCUUAAAUCCCGACAUCUUACAGACCCCGAUCUUCUUGAGGACCUGGAAAGCCUCACAAGUAUGCUGGACGAGUACACUAAAUCGCAAACGACUUUCGACGAAUACGCUGCAGAGAUCAAUUCAGGUCACCUCCGCUGGUCUCCGCCUCACAAGAACGAAGCUUUUUGGCGAGAAAAUGCCCAACGCAUCAUCGAGGAGGGAAAGGGAGCACUGUGCAAGAAACUUGCAGAGAUUCUCGGCAAAGAUUGGCAGAACGACAAGCAAGUCCUCGCCAUUGGAUGCAAUGAUGUUGCGAAUCUCGUCAAGAACUGCCCGGAUAAGCGAACGCAGCUGGAAAAGGCCGGUCUAAAAGCUAGAGUCAUGGGACUCAUGCAGGACGAGAAUGAAACGGUUCGAUGGGAAGCCCUCAGAGCAGUGGGAGAGUGGUUGAGAUAUACUUUCGACAAGGAUUAG